AUGCCCCGCUCUAUUUUAUACUGUCACCUAUUUGGCGCAAGUGAACAAGUUGCAAAUCAUCUAUCUAAUAGCUUUCUAUUAGAGAUCAAUAUCUAUCUAUCUAUCUAUCUAUCUAUAUCAAUAUCUAUCUAUCUAUCUAUCUAUCUAUGGGAAUGUUCAUAUCUAUCUAUCUAUCUAUCUAUCUAUAUCUAUCUAUCUCAGUCUGUUCAUAUCUAUCUAACUAUCUAUCUAUCUAUCAGAAAUUUCAUAUCUAUCUAUCUAUCUAUCUAUCUAUCUAUCUCAGUCUGUUCAUAUCUAUCUAACUAUCUAUCUAUCUAUCAGAAAUUUCAUAUCUGUCUAUCUAUCUCAGUCUGUUCAUAUCUAUCUAUCUAUCUAUCAGAAAUUUCAUAUCUAUCUAUCUAUCUAUCUAUCUAUCUAUCUAUCUAUCAGAAUGUUUAUAUCUAUCUAUCUAUCUAUCUAUCUAUCUAUCUAUCUAUCUAUCUAUCUAUCUCAGUCUGUUCAUAUCUAUCUAUCUAUCUAUCUAUCUAUCUAUCUAUCUAUCUAUCUGAAUGUUCAUAUCUAUCUACCUAUCUAUCUAUCUAUCUGAAUGUUCAUAUCAUACAAUUUAUCUAUAUUUCUAUCUAUCAGAAUGUUCAUAUCUAUCUAUCUAUCUAUCUAUCUAUCUAUCUGAAUGUUCAUAUCAAUCAACCUAUCUAUCUUUCUAGCUAUCAGAAUGUUCAUAUCUAUCUAUCUAUCACAGUAGUAGUAGUAGUAGUUUAA